UUUUUUUUUUCUUCCUCUUCUCUUCUUCCUUAUCCAUUUCUUUUCUCAUCUUUUCAUUAUAUGCAUUGAUCUCUUAGCCACAUCUUUACUACUUCAUCCUUUUUUUUUCUUUCUCUCAAACAUAUAAUGCGAUUUCACAGAACCAACGUCAAAACCGCUUUGAUCCUAUAUCUCUGCCAAAGCUCUUUUGGAUACUACCUCACAAACAGUAAUGAUGUGGUUGAUAGACAGGAUAUUACACCCACUGCACAGAGUACAUCAUUAGCCACUUGUCUCAAACCUUUAGGCUCCAAAGUUCUGGAGCGCAAGACCACUGCCUUUGAGAACAACAGAUAUGCGUUCGAUCUUCGCUACACUUUCAACCCCCAGAUCAUCGUUAUGGCAUUUCUGCAUCCGAUGUUUCAAACAGCAGUCAAGUGCGCAAAAGCUGCUAAUAUUGCUGAUGGAUCUUUGGUGGUCGAUCUUUCUGGGCUGUCUUCUGUUACUUGCGACCGGCACCACAUUCAAAGUUGGUUCAGAAUUCGCUUGGGCCCACUCUAUCUGGAGCUCUUCAAUAAAGGCGGCUGGACGAUCAAUGCUGGCACAUGUCCUAGUGUAGGAAUUGGUGGUCAUGCACUCGGAGGUGGAUUUGGACUGCUAUCUCGCAAAUAUGGCCUGUUAAUUGAUCGCAUUGUUGAGAUGGAGAUGGUCGAUGCCAACGGAAAUCUGCUACUCGCUUCAGCAACACAAAAUCCGGAUUUAUUUUACGCACUACGAGGGGCAGGAGGAGGCUCCUAUGGUGUUGUUACUUCGUUCACUAUCCAGCCUAUCAAACCUCCUCCUGUGGUCACCUACUUCUCUUUCAGUUGGGGCAUGGCGAGCCAUGCUAGCGUUUUGCGCGCCUAUGUCAAUUUUCAAGCCACGGCUUCACGAGAUGUUGGUGUAGAGAUGAAUAUCUCGCCUGAUGGACUAGAGUUAUAUGGCAUCUUCCAAGGCGCGCGAGCACAAAUGGACGCUGCUCUCUCUUCUUUCUUUAGCACAGCACCAAAACCAUUAUCCGCAGAAGUACAAGAGGGACGCCAAAUUGACGCUAAUUUACGUUUUGCAUACGUUGCCGGCGACCCUAAAGAUAUCAAUGCUCUGGGUUUGAAAGGUCCUUAUAAGGCUGGUGAUUCGCACUAUACGAAUGGCAAAUCUCUAGUCUAUUCCAAACCUUUGACAGACUCGACCAUUGGCCUUCUUGGGAAAUGGGCUGCAAGAAAACCCAUCGGAGCUAUCCCAGAUACUCCUGUGGAUGCAACAUCAUUCGUCCACCUCGAAUGGGAUGGGAACCCGGAUGCGAAACCAGGCAAACCCGACUGCCAAGAUUGCCUCAAGUGGAUGAACGACAUGUACAGUGAGUUCUUGGCUGACUACACUACCAACUAUGGCCCUGUUCGUGGCUACCAAAAUUAUAUUGAUAAAACCAUUCCAAACUGGCAGGAAGCCUACUAUGGCUCGGCCCUUCCUCGUCUAAAACAGAUUAAAGCCGCAACAGACCCUACAAACGUCUUCCGAUUUCCACAAAGCAUUCCACUACAAUAAUAAAUGUCCUUCCUCUGUAUAAUAAUAAAUGAAUUCGAAAAAUAUAUUGAUCUUUUCGCAACACUCAUAUAUACUAUAGUUCUAAAGCUCUAGCUCGAAUUCACUCUC